UUUUGUUAAUCAGGCCGCGCUCAUGGGACGCCGGAGAGAAACCGGAUCAUCGCAUCCUCGUUAAACGGCGUGUUUUUGUCGGCGUGUGUCGGUUUGUGUAGAGGAAGAAUGCUGGAAAAUAAGAGGGAGAGAUUGAAAACAUUUCUGAGGAAGAUCGACGAGAGCGCCAUAUCGCGAAUCAAGCAUUUAAUGAAAGAGAGUUACUCGGUGGACGGUGGGACGAUCCCCGGGAAGGUGAAGAAGGGGAGGACGAAAGCUAAACUGGGAAGCAGGAAAGCGUUCAGCUUGGAGGAAAACCCGCUAGAGAUUCAGCAGCAGCCGCCCAAGAGCCUGAGCCGGCCGGUCCUGCCCAGGUCUCACAUUCUUGACGUGGACAGGCCGUUGGAGAGAAGUGAAAGCCUGAACUCCAGAAGUAGUUUCGUAAAGCACAACAAAACAUUCCACAAACUCUUCCCGGAAAUCCCAGAAAGCGAGGACUUGCUCCAUGCCUACAUCUGUGCGCUGCAGAAAGAAGUGCCUUAUCAUGGGCGUCUGUACAUCACCGACAGCAACAUGUGCUUCUUCUCCUCUGUGCUGCUCAAGGACACUAAGGUGGUCAUCCCGGUCUCCAGUGUGAUUGUCCUGAAGAAGCAGAACACUGCGCUGCUCGUUCCCAACGCCAUUUCUGUUCGCACCGCUGAUGGAGAGAAGUAUCUGUUCGUGUCUCUGAGGAACAGAGAAGGCUGUUACAAACUCCUGCGCUCCGUCUGUCCUCAGCUGGAGGACGGCAGUGCCAACAGUAGCCCUCUCUUCUCCUCCGCCGAGAACAGCUUCGACCACACGCCCAAACUCGUGCUGAACUCGAGUCAGUCGAGUCUGGACGACUCUUUCGAUGUGAACGGAGAACGUGUGUGUCCUCAACCAGAGCUUCUCGUCUCCAGACUCACACGAGAAGGUCCUGCUGCUGGACCGAGCCCGACUGUGAGGAUCUCAGAACCGGUUCAGGACGACGAGAACACGGGAAGUUCGUGGGUUUGGACUGUGACGGACCGAGCUCGAUCGCUCCUGAUCCAGAGAGAAGUCAGCAACCUCAACACACUCCUCCUCGUCUACCUGAUCCUGGUGUUUCUUCUCCUGCUGUCCUCCGGCUACAUCGGCCUGCGUAUCGUGGCCUUAGAGGAGCAGCUGACGUCUCUCGGAGCCCUUCCCGAAUUCACUGUGCAAAGCGGGUACAAAGAAACAUAAAGAGUCUGAUCUCAAUCUGAACUGUGGAACGAACACCAAAAAAAAAGCCGGCAGGGAAUGCUGGGAAGGACCUUUAUUUGCACCCAAAACCAAACUCUGCCAAGUAAAGAGCCAAACGGGGCGCUGCUGGAUUUAACGAAACGCUGGCGUGUUUUCAUUAGCAGUUUCCAUCAGCGACUCGCCCUAAACAGCCAAAGACAACCGGUUUGUCUCCAAGGAGUGUCAAGAACAACUACUAAACAAACAUCUGGUUCUUCUGCGGGAAAGCAUUUCAUCUGUGAUCAUUUCAUUUGAACUGUUUUACGAACCAUAAAAAAAAACGUCGUCCGUUUUCCUCCCGAAAUCUUUGUGUUUUUGAUCGCUUGCUUCCUUUAUCUCGUUCUGCGACGGUUUCAUCUUUUUCCGGCUUCAUUCUUCCUCUAGACGUCCAUUUUUCGACUUUUUCUUUUUUUUCUUCGUACAAAGGGUUUGCGAUAUUAAACCGAAUUUUGGUUUAACGAUAAAAAAA